AUGAAGGCGGACGAGGCUGUAACACCCGCAGCGACCGACCUCGAUGAAGCUACCUUCAGGUUCUGCACUCCGAGACAGACAAAACUCAUUCUUGCGACGCUCCUCAUAUGUAUGCUGUGCGCGGGCCUACAAGCAGAAGUUAUUGGCGUUGCAGCGACGACUAUUGCUACAUUCUUUCAUGCAGAACGAGAGCUUUCAUGGAUGGGCACGGUGGGAGCUCUUGCACAAGUCACUGGCGUUGUCGCUUUUGGAAAGGCGUAUGAUCAAUUCGAACCAAAGGCGCUGCUGCUCAUCUGUCUGGUCCUGUCUAUCGUUGGCAGCAUUGUUUCAGCUCUUUCAAAUCAGUAUAUUGUCCUUGUUGCUGGCCAGGGCCUCGUGGGACUGUCUCGUGCUGGCAUCAUCGUUGGCAAUGCGACGGUACUUGCCAUUAUCUGUCCGGACAAGAAGACUCGGGCCUUCUAUCUCGGCUUCAUCAGCGGUGCGUAUGCAAUCAUGAUCAAGGUCUCUCCGCUAGUCUCUGGUGGUCUGCUUGCCCUGCGCGUCAAUCAAGCCUGGAGAGGGGUCUUUUGGGUGAGUGUGCCCAUUCAGGGGUUGCUUAUACCCAUGGUGGCUAUGUUUCCAGCGCUCAGAAGACGGCCUGCGCGGUGGAGUCAAUUGAUGGAGCUGUGUCCUGUGCGAAUAUCACUGCACUCUGCCAGCCUCAUCUUUCUUCUUCUUCCUCUGACCGGUGGACGAUACACUGGCGUGCUCUCCUUCAAGGGACCACUCUUGAUUUCAUGCUACAUCCUUGGCCCGAUCUUGGCAGCUGCAUUCAUCUACACUGAAAUUCGCCAGCCAGAGGAGAAUCAGAUGCUGCCUAUGAAUGCCAUCAAGAAGCAUCCAAGAAUGCUCAUGUCCCUCGUCAUUCUUACCAUUUCACCGGCGUUGCUCAUCGUCAGUGGUACAUUCUAUGCGCCACCCUACUUGGAAGUCGUUCGCGGCCAUAGUCCAUUUACAGCAGCGGCACUUCAACUACCGAGCAUCUUGCUUGGAUCCAUUGCCGCAGUAUUCGCUGCGAGACUCUAUCAUCAGGGACCGCGGUGGGCGCAAGGCAUUGGCGUUAUCGCAUCCAUCCUACAAAUCCUUGGCAGUGUCAUUUUUUAUGCCUUUUCAAAGCAUGUGAGUAUUUACCUGAUUCACCUCUCCUACAGCAUGACUUCCAUUGGCGCUGGCUUGACCUUUGCAAUGGGCAUGGCGCUCAUUUUCGAGUAUGUGCCUGAAUCUCGAUUUGGCGCUGCAGCAAGCUUGAUGAAUCUAGCCACAUCGCUGGGCGCUGUGAUUGGAACGUCCGUGUACGGACUCAUUUUUCAAGGAGAGUUCCAGAUCUUUGUGGAUCGCAGUGUAGCUGCUGCACUUGCUGCUGCUGCUCGGGAACUCUCGUCUGCUAAUGCAACCAUUGUUGAUACGCAAGCGUCACCUAUUGGGCUUGGAGCUGCUCCUGCAUUUGAUAUGGUCUAUCACAAUACACAACGGUAUGCGUCACUCUAUCUCUAUGGCGGUGCCGGGCUCUGUUCACUCGUUGCGGCGCUUGCAAUGGGCAGACAUUCAGUCUCCAAAUGA